AUGGAUAAUUCCAGAAUUAAAAUGUUGGACUUCCUGUUGGGUGAUAACGAGCCUUCUAUUUAUCGUAGAGAUUAGAGAUUAUCUGUUAUCUUAUCAUUUCACUUUUACAGUAUCAGACACGUUUUCUAUACCUAGUAAAGUGCGGCGGCUACCGGCUAGUAUACUAAAUACUUGUUUACUUGUUAAUUAAUUAUUUGAAUUUUAUUUUUAAAUUCAUUAAUCAACCAGUCACUAUAAAAUAAAACCUAUCUAGCGUCAAUAUGGUUAGAAAAUUAAAAUUUCAUGAACAAAAAUUGUUGAAGAAAGUUGACUUUAUAUCAUGGGAGUUGGACAACAAUUUACACGAAUUAAAAAUUAUGAAAAAAUACAUGAUUCAAAAACGAGAACAUUACACUUUAUAUAACAAGUUGUCCAGAGAAAUACGAACUGUAGCAGAAAAGAUUAAAAAUUUAGAACCCAAAGAUCCAUUUCGAAAUGAACGAGGUGCUCAGCUCUUGGAAAAAUUAUACAUGAUGGGAUUAAUAACAACAAAAAGGAACUUUGAACUUUGUUCAAAGAUAACUGCAUCAUGUUUUUGUAGACGUCGAUUACCUGUUAUAAUGGUUCGGUCUAAAAUGGUUCAAACACUGAAAUCUGCUAUCACCUAUAUAGAACAAGGACAUGUUCGAGUUGGUCCACAAUUAAUUAAAGAUCCAGCAUUCUUAGUAUCGAGAUGACAAAUGACAGCGCGUCGAUGGGACGUUGAAGUGCAACAUAAUGUAAUAAACAACGCGAUACUAACGAGAACAAGACGUGACGUGCCAGAUUUUAAUAUAUUGUCACCUACUAAUGCAGAACCAAUGAAUAAAGAAAAAUAGUCAGCCUAUGACCACAUUAAUUAUACUCUAAAUUACAGGAACGUGUGCAAAUCAUAUUAUACAAUAAUUUUGUUACUUAAUUUAACUAACAAAUAAACAUUACUGGUGAUACUAUUAUAAGCACAAUAAUAUAAUAAUAUCAGUACACGUAUCAUAAUAGUUAUUACUUAUUGGUAAUAACUAGGGCUUGUAACUUCAUGCACUAAAAAAUUCAUAAAUAACUAACUACAAACGGGGCCCAAGAUUACAGAAUAAUAUGCCGAUAAUUAAAUGUAUGUAUAGUAUGGUAAAAAUAAGAUUUAUUUCAAUAAUAAAGAUCUCAUAAUAAUAAUGAUGACUACUAUGUAAUUCAUACAUCAUGACUGAAUACAACACAAUACGUCAUAUAGUUAACGACACGUAGCGAGUGAAAUGCUGCACAGGAAUUCAAAUUUCAACGAAGGAGAGUGCAUCGUCGAGCCAUCAAUACAUUUUAUGAAAAUCUCAAGUUAGCACAAAUUCAUCUAUCGGCUAAGGUCAAAAUUAACUUGUGGAGAAAAAGCCUAGCCUGAGUGGUGAAUAUUGAAAACAUAUACUAUCAGCAAAUAUGAACAAUAAUGGUAAGGAAACGUCUUUAUAUAAACUCUCUCUAAAAUUGAUGAGUCGUGGUGGGAAUUUAAGUGUUCUAUACAGGUAUAGAACGGAAUCAAAUCCAAAUAAGGGUUAAACUGAGAACAGCAUACAGAGACUCGAGUGAAGAAGAAACUCUGGUGACACCAUUGUUGUAGAUUUUUAAGAGUGCACAAAAGUAGAUACUACAACUACACCUGCACGCCGAAAGUUAAGAUUACUACUGGUGUAAAAUUUUAAAAUAAUAAUAAUUAAUGAUAAAUACGUACGGGGAAAAACUCUUUUAUGGGGUUGCUAGUGAUUUAGGGGUACGAGCAGUAAACACUAACCAAUAAAUAUUUAUGUUCUAUACGGUCGCUACUCCGGGUUAGGCUGCACAGAAUAUUAUUAUAUAUUCCUGUCGAAAUAAUACUCGCGUGUAAAGUAUAAGACUACUGUGGACUCUUCGGGGCUUAUGUAUAUUAUUUUAAUGUAUGAUAUGCGUAUACCGGAGAUGUUCGGGAGAGUAAUAAAACGGCCGCCGCCGCGUAUAACUACUCUGGAUCCGUACGAGUGCAAAUGUGCAAUCUUCAGGCGUACCGUUUAUUUUUUUUUAAUAAUCCUUUAAAAGAAGCUAUAAAAGACUAUAAUAUAUUACCAAUUACCAUAUUAGUAUUAAUAACUGUGAAUGAUAUAAUUUUUUAUACACUUUUCUUAUUAUUAUUAUUCUAUUAUUACAAACAUUUGGCAUUUAAUAAAAAAAAUUUAAUUUAUGCGUGAUCAAAUUUUUGAUUUUGAACGAAAUAGCCUAAAAAUUUAAAUUAUUAUGUAAAAUACUCUCAUCGAAAAUACCGCAUGUCGCAUAUUUUGUUCUCUUUGCUUAAACAUCGAAAAAUUUCAAAUUUUUAUGAAAUUCAUCAAAAUCAUGCGAAAAUGUAGUUAUAUUUUUAUAUUUGUAAUUCAAAAAUAUUAUUCGUAGAAACUUAAAAAAUUCCGUUAUUAGUUAAAUUAUAUUUUUUUAUAUAGGUACAUUAAUAUUUUUAAAAUAUUUUAAUUAAUUUUUGGUUGUUUAUAAACAAUUAAUAAAUGUUUAAAGUUUUUUUUUU